GGGGCUCUCGAUUGGCUGACGGCUCGCGACCUCUCAAUCUCGCGGGAGGAGACUGAGGGGGCGGCCGCCGGUGCGUCGGCCCUCCGGUUCCCCCGCCCCCGCUUCUGCCGCGGUUCUCGCCUCCGCUUCUCCCUACCCGGCACCUUCGUGCCGCCUCCCGGCCCGGCCCCCCGAGCGGCCGCGGAGACUGCGCAGCGCGGGAGGCGGGAUCCGCACGGAGUGAGUCAGAAUGAGCUACACGGAAAAGCCCGACGAGGUCACAAAAGACGAGUGGAUGGAGAAGCUCAACAACUUGCACGUGCAGCGUGCAGACAUGAACCGCCUCAUCAUGAACUACCUGGUCACAGAGGGCUUUAAGGAGGCCGCGGAGAAGUUCCGGAUGGAGUCCGGGAUCGAGCCCAGUGUGGACCUGGACACCCUGGACGAGCGCAUCAAAAUCCGCGAGAUGAUCCUGAAGGGGCAGAUUCAGGAGGCCAUCGCCCUGAUCAACAGCCUGCACCCCGAGCUGCUGGACACCAACCGCUACCUGUACUUCCACCUGCAGCAACAGCACCUGAUCGAGCUCAUCCGCCAGCGGGAGACGGAGGCGGCGCUGGAGUUUGCGCAGACGCAGCUGGCGGAGCAGGGGGAGGAGAGCAGGGAGUGCCUGACGGAGAUGGAGCGCACGCUGGCACUCCUGGCCUUCGACAGCCCCGAGGACUCGCCCUUCGGGGACCUUCUGAACAUGAUGCAGCGGCAGAAGGUGUGGAGCGAGGUCAACCAGGCCGUCCUGGAUUACGAGAACCGAGAGUCGACGCCCAAGCUGGCGAAGUUGCUGAAGCUCCUCCUCUGGGCUCAGAAUGAGCUGGACCAGAAGAAAGUGAAGUAUCCCAAAAUGACAGACCUCAGCAAAGGUGUCAUCGAGGAGCCCAAGUAGGCUUGUGCGCCCGGGGCCCCAUGCGGUGCCACCCAGGACUGGCUGGGACUGUGACCGGAGGGCUUUCCUGCAGCUGAGACCCCCUCACUUUCUGUUCACCUGGCUCCUCUGAUGGGAAGAACGGCCCCUGGAAAUGCCAGAUGGCCCGCGGCGAGAGACUGGUCCUCGGAGGCCGUGCCGACCACGCAGUGUGCUGGGGGCGGCGGCACCAGGCUGCUGCGCCGCGGGGACGCCCGUGACCCCCAGAGCCCAGAGAAGCCCGGCCGCUGUCUUCGUCCUCCCGAGUCUCCGCGAGCAAGCAGCCCUCCUGUCCGCGUGUUCUCGGCCCCCACAGCAAGACUGCAGCCCCGGGAGUCCCGACUCGGAGACACUGUGUGCGAGGGCACCGCCCGGUCCGCUUUCCUUCGGGCCGCGCCGUGUGGCUUUGGGGGCACGAGUGUGAGGGGUGGACGGUGUGUUUUUAAUUUCCCAGAUAUAUAUUUUGGUGCUGUAUGUGGUCAGAGACUCCUGGUGGACCCACAGACCAUCUCUUCCGGGCAGUUCUGUUGAAAAUAAAGGUUUUGCUUUGAUUUCGGGAAUGACUGAAA